AUGGCGACCCCAGCCUUUCCCACUCAUCCAGUCCCAGAACAACUGGUGACAGUGAAAGUACUCUACAAUGACAGCAAUCGGCGAUUCAAGUUACCGCUGAGAGACCUCAAGGCGCAGGUCUUCCCCAGAAGUCUUGUCCUUGAUAACUUACUGUUACGUCGGGUUCAGCUCCGCGUGCUCCUUAACGUUCCGGCGGAUGUCAACGUCAUCCUAGAACGUUACUCCGAUAGCGCCGGCUCUUAUAUCCACCUUGACUGCGACAACGCUGCCGUCUACAAGCAACUUUUCCGAGCUGCCAAAGCCAAGUCCAAGCUUCGCAUCAGAGCCAGCACGGUCGACCCCUCGGCCCCGACCAUCGACACCGCCGUUCCGGUGGAGUCGACCAACCAGAUGCUUCCUUCGAGAACGAGCUAUCUCGAUACCGUUCUGAGCUCCCCUAUCCCCGUUGCUCACCCUGAAUCUCUCACUAUCUCUUCUGAAGCUACCCCUGUUCUCGCUGGUGGAUCCACAGACCCCCAGGUCACGCUACCCAUCGGUCAGCCGCGCUACCGGGACUUCGAGAUGGAGCAGGACAAACUUCGCUUUCCCAUCAUCUCUCACAACUCCCCUGGUGGGAUGUUCUGCAUCGACUGCAACAACUGUGGUCACUCCAUUGCCAACGAACACUAUCACUGCAGCAUCUGUGAGCAUGGAGACUAUGAUCUGUGUCUACAGUGUGUUGAUGAUGGCGCCUCGUGCCAUGGUGAAGGUCACUGGUUGAUCAAGCGUGUGGUCAUCAAUGGCGUUGUUACCAACAGCACAACCGAGAAAAUCCCCCCUCGUAGGGUGCAGGAGCGAGUCAUCAAGCCCGCCCCCGUUCAAGUGCAGCAUGUACCUGAGCCUACUCCCGAGCUCAUUCCUGGGCUUGCUGAGAACGUCCCGGAGAUGCCGGCCACUCUCCCUCCAGCCGAAGUUAUUAGCUCGGAUACUGCAAACCAGGGAGAUGAGAAGCCCAUGUGCAAUGGGUGCUGCCGUGAAGCCGAUGAAAGCAACCUGGUCCGCUGCAAUGACUGCGAGGACUAUGACCUGUGCCUUCGCUGCCUGUUGAGAAACAAGCAUGGUCACCACCCUGCUCAUACCUUCUCGCUCGGCUCGGACCGCAACUUCUGCUUGAAGAACUUGAUCGUGUCUCGCUGCCUUCCUGGCCGCCAGUUCAAGCACGCUGCCAUUUGUGAUGGCUGUGACAAUCGUAUUGUUGGCACCCGCCACAAGUGUCUUUCCUGCCCCGAUUGGGAUUACUGCCGUGACUGCAUCGCAACUGCCCCCAAGGAUCAUCCUGGUCACCGAUUUGUUCCUAUUUAUGAAGCUAUCAGUGAGCACCCUGGCGCGCACUCUGUGCACUUUGGUAUCUUCUGUGAUGGGCCUCUCUGCAGGAACAAGCCCGCCCAGAGCUACAUCUCCGGGGUGCGCUACAAGUGCGCCGUCUGUGACGAUGUCGAUUUCUGCGCCAGCUACUCACCCUUGGUCAAGUUCAAGACUCCCGUGCGCACUGUGACUGUGAGCACUGUGAGCGAUGAUGGUGCCCACGGCGCUGUCGCACUGGGUGAUGAUGCCUCGGCUCGCUCUCGCUCUGAGGCCACCACGACUGUUGAUGAAUUGCCCGAAAAGCCCGCUGUUGUCCAGGAACCUGUUGAGGUGGAGGUCAGCAAGCCCAGCAAGCCAGAGGAGGCCAAGGUUGAAGUUGCGCCAGUCGCCUUGGAGCCCACCACAUACGAGCCAUCCCCUGCUAAAGGCGAGAGUGGCGGCUUCCAAGCUUACUUUGUCCGUGAUGCUAUUCCGGAUGGUACCAAAAUGCCUCCCAACACCUUGUUCCGACAGACAUGGACCCUCUACAACCCCGGGCCCAACGCUUGGCCGGAAGGUAGUGACGUCCGCUUUGUUGGCGGCGAUACCAUGUUCAACGUUGAUUCUCGUAACCCGUCAAGCGUGGAGUCAAUCCGCGCUGCCAUGGAGAGCAACAAACUGGAAGCACCCAUCGAGGCUGGUCAAAGUGCCGACUUCACCGUGACCCUCCGAACUUCCAGUCGUGAAGGCACUGCCAUUUCUUACUGGCGCCUGAAACUCCCCAACGGAGAGGCAAUUGGUCACCGACUUUGGUGUGACAUUCAGGUGCAAGCUGCCAUCUCUAGCUCCAGCUCGGAUGUCGAGACUGAGCCUACUCCCAACGACGAUUCCGAGAAGUCUCGGUCCACUGUCGACGAACCUGUUGGUAGCCACAUGAUCUUCCCCAAGCUCGAGAAAGAGUCCCCCGAGUCCAGUACCCACGAGGCCGCCAUGCCCUCUCACCACGCUCCCACUGUAUCAAGCGCUUGCGAGGACGACGACAUGGAAAGUCUUGCCCUAGAAGAGGUCAGUACCGACGCCGGCUUCCUCACCGACGAGGAGUAUGAUGUCCUCGAUGCCAGCGAUCAGGAAUAUCUUGAUGCCAAGCAGUCCACCCACUAG